AUGUCAGAUGGAACGUUGAUAAAGGCUGGUUUAUAUGUAGAUGCUCAAAACAAAGUACGUAUACUUCAAUCAGAUGCUGCAGAUAUUUCAAGCGAACUUUUGGAUGAAGUAGUGGAAAUUUUAGAUAAAUUAGAUUCAUUCAUCAGUGCUACAGAAGCAAUUACUCAAUCAUUUGACCAGUUGGCAUUAGGUGUAGAAAAGGAGAAAGUUUCUGCAAUCGCUUCUAGCAAUGCUUUGAAAGCCAUCGAAAGACAAUGUUCUAUCGAUGAACAGCAGCUAAAAAUUCUAAUAAGAGAGCGUGAAUUGGAACUAGAGAGAUUACGCGUUGAGCUAGAAAUCGUUCAACAGCAAGAAUAUACCCUGAAAGAGUAUUUGCAAAACUUUGCUUCAUCAUAG